CCCCCCUCCACCUCGCUGGCGUCACGUCCGCGCGUGCGCCGCAGGGCCCGGCAGCUGCGCGCCGAGUGGGCGGGGCCUCGCCGCCAUCUUGCCCCGCGCACGGCCCCGCCGCCAUGGAGUCGAGCGGGGCCGGGCGGAAGGAGCGGCCGAAGCCCCGGGAGCCGGCGGCUCGCCUGGAGAAAGCCAAGCAGAAAUCGGCGCAGCAGGAGCUGAAGCAGAGGCAGAGGGCGGAGAUCUACGCCCUCAACCGAGUGAUGACGGAGCUGGAGCAGCAGCAGUUCGACUCCUUCUGCAAGCAGAUGCAGGCGUCGGGCGAGUGAGGCGGCCCCCCCCCAUCCGCCGCCCACCCCCUUUUCCUAACCCUUUUGUUAUUUAUUAUCGAAUAAACACCCCCCCCCCCUUUUGGUUUUUUUUUUCUCAAUAAAAUCUGUGGUGGUUCCACA